CCACACUUUUCUCUUUCUUUUCAACCUCUGUUUCGGCAAGGUACGCACGCUCCACGUGGCCCUUCUUAAUUUGUGCAACUUAAAAUUGUGUUUGCAAACCAAUCCUAGCCAUGGUGCGUAUGAACGUAUUGGCCGAUGCCCUUAAGUGCAUCAACAACGCAGAGAAGCGCGGCAAGCGCCAGGUGCUCCUGCGUCCCUGCUCGAAGGUCAUCAUCAAGUUCCUGACCGUCAUGAUGAAGCACGGCUACAUCGGCGAAUUCGAAAUUGUCGAUGACCAUCGUUCCGGCAAGAUCGUUGUGAACCUCACCGGUCGCCUGAACAAGUGCGGCGUCAUCUCGCCCCGUUUCGAUGUCCCCAUUAACGAUAUCGAAAAGUGGACCAACAAUCUGCUGCCGUCCCGUCAGUUCGGUUACGUUGUCCUCACCACCUCGGGCGGUAUUAUGGACCACGAGGAGGCCAGGAGAAAACAUUUGGGAGGCAAGAUCCUUGGUUUCUUCUUCUAAAAAAUGCAAGCAAAAUGAGGAAACAACAACGAGGAGCUGCGGCGAGUGUGUGUGGGAGUUGCUAUGUAGCAAAUUAUUUUAUUUUCACGACGACACCCCCCCCCCCAAGAUCGCCACCACCCAUUCGUGAUAUAUUCGUGGAUCGGGGCGUGGAGAGAGUAUGAACGGAUGCCUCCAUUCAUAUUGACAUCAAUGAAUGUUCACAAUAAAAACGCGAAAUAAAAUGAUUGAUACAUACUAAUUUUAAA